AUGGUAUCUCGAAGCCACUCAUCAACACCAGUACCAAUAGAUGAUAAUCAUCCAAUACACUCCUUAACUAUUGGAAACCAUGACCAAAUUACUUUAUUGUCUAAACAAACACCAAUUUUCUUAUUAAAUCAACAAGAAGAAAACGGAUUUCAAACACCAGAAUUGGUUGCGUUAAGAAACAGCACUCAAUACGUUUAUGUUAUCAACUGGUUGUACAACUACAGAGGAUAUUUGAAACUACAAUCAGAGUUUUUUGAUGUUGAUUUAUUUGAAUUGGAAUUGUUGGGAUUUUUCAACGCGUUCGAUUUGUCAAGUUUAUUUAUCAAUAGAUUGAAAUUGGCAUUAACUACGACUGUUCAGAACUCCAAACUUGUUGAGUUGGAGGAUUUUGAAUUUGUAUUCCGUUCUCAUUUUGGCAAUGACACCCCUCUUGGAGGUCAAAUAGACAAUGAACAAGAUUUACCAAAAUUUGAUCUUCUAAACAUCACAGAUAAGUUUGAAAUUUUAUACAUUUUAAUAAAUUACAUUUCAAAGUAUUCCAAGUUUAGGGAUUGGUUAGAAAAACAAGGAUUAACCAUUAGAAUCGACCCAUUGUUCACACGUCCUCUGGCCCAUGAACUGAUUGAAUAUUUUUCCUUAUUUGAUGAUAAUCGAUUAUAUAAACGAACAAUAACUUAUUACCCUUUAACUAUUCCCAAGAAAAGAAAAUUAUCUCCUGAAUCACCUCAAGACUUUUUCGAGGCAAAGGUGUUUGAUAUUAAAGAUGUCAAAUUUGAAUUGGUGUACAAGAACAUCUAUGAAUUUAACGAGUAUUUGGGCAAAAUCAAAAAGAGUCUGGCCCAUAAAUUACUCUAUAGCAAAUUAGCAGGUAAAUCAAGUACCAUCAUUGAUUCAAUUUUCGACAACGAAGUGAAAAAGAGGAAAUAUUUGACAAACAAGCGUAAGGAAAUUCAAAUGGUUAAUCUAUUGGCAGUCCGUAAAAGAAGUUCUCGUUUAGAAGCUAAAGAAAGACAACGUCAAGAAGAAUUAGAAAGACAACGGGAGCAAGAAUCGAAAUACGCUGCUGAAAGAAGAUUUGAACGAAGAAUGAAAUUGAGAAAUACGGAAAACAUAGAUACCGGGAGAUUGUCAAGAGACCAAAGAAUGCAGUUAAGACAAUUACAUUAUGAGUCAACACCAGAAACAGAAAGUAACCAAACACCAGAAACUGAACAACCUGAAGUUAUCGUUCUUGAUUGA